UAUUGUAAAAUGUACAUUUCAUACACGGAACAGGUUUCAGUGCUCCCCUGCUCCGUGUUUGAUAAUGUUUUCGGGUGUUUUAUAACCUGAGCCCCAACAUUUUAUUGAAUACGGAGAUAAUCCCAAGGUUGCUGUAUCUCAUUGUAAAAGAGAUACAUUUUUUCAAUAUCACCGGCUCCUCGACGAAUACACACUGCAGCUCAUUCCACAGGAACAUCUGUGACCCACUCUCUCAACAUGAUUAAUUAGUGAACAAAUAACUGUUAAUUCCAGGAGAGAUGAGCGGCUCCCGUCUCGGUAGGGGUCGUGGAGGGCGACUGGCCAUUUACGCUGGAUGUCUAGUGGUGAUGGCAUUAAUUGUGUUUCUUUAUCGAGCUGCCACAACUGAAAUGACGAGAUUACGAGAUCUCCAUGUCCAAUGUGCCCAUCAGCAAGAAGCCCUGGCAGCCCAACUCCAAGUAAUUUUCGAGUACAAAGUCCGACUGGAGAAGUCCCUGGCAGAGGAAAAGAACUCGAAUGCCUUAGCUAAACAAGAACUCCAGCAACGUGCGACUAGAGAGAAAUCCCUGAGAGACAAGGACAGUGUUGAGGCAUUCCAGAGAAUCAAUUCCCUCCAGCAACAGCACAAAUUGCUGCAGUCGGAGCACCAGGACUUGAAGGACGAGUGCGCCAAGAGGCAGAAGAUGUCCCUGGAGGAGAGCCACAAGCUCGAGGCUACACUCCAGGACCUUCGAGGCCAGAUUCGAGAGAAGAAUAAGGAAAUUGCAGAUAAGGAGAAGUCGAUUGAGAGCCUGAAGAGUCAGUAUCUCAAAGUCGAUACUGAGAGAUCGAAUAUUGAUAAUAAAUACAACGAGCUCAUUAAAAAUAGCAGCGACAGGGAUGGUACAAUUGCUCACCUGAAGAAAGAGGUUUUUCAGCUCAAAGAGGAAUUGGAGGGAAUGAAGACCUCCUGCAAGACAACAUCCUCUGAUCCUAGUUUAUUAAAUCCACGCUCUUAUCAGUUGAGCAUGCAGCAAAGUGUAGCAUCGAAAAUCGCCUCGCCUCGGCCGCAGGCUAGUUCGACAACCAGUUUAUCGAAACUAAACAUUGAAAGCUCGACGAGAUCAAUCAAAAAAUUCGAAUCAACGUCGACCGAAAAAUCGGUUGUUAAUUUUCCCGCAGUACCGAUGAAACAAGUGUCACGAUUAAAAUUACCGAUGGGUGUAGUGCCAAUCCCCAAAAUGCUCGAGGAGAAGAGAGUGAAACAAGAAAAGGUGAAUUUGGAUGAGAACCGAAAGCCCGAAGUUAAUGAACGCUUGGGAAAACUCGAGAGCACUGACGACAAACUGAGGAAACAAAAAGCCCAGAAACUUAUCGAGGAAAAUUUACAUGAAGAGGUGCAUAAUGAUGAUGGACAUGUUGGCGAACACGAGUUCAACCAGAAAGAUGGUGCGCCCUGGGUGUUGCGGGUUAAGCCAGGAUUCCAGGAAAUUGGUGAACUCAAUCGUGAUGAAAAAAUUUCUGAAUUGGACGAGAGGCGACCACAGGACGUGGAGGAACAAGAUGAUGAUUACAGGGAACCACCACUGGGCGAGGAAGAACAAGACGAAGACGAUCAGAUAGAGGAUGACCAGAUAAAGUAAUGAAUAUCAUCAGAACUCAUCGGUAGACUAUCCGAAAUGGUGGAGCAUCCCGAGAAUCUCAAAAUAUCACCGAUAAAUCGUAUUUUUCCAUAAAUCUAGGACAACUGAGUUUGUGAGGAAAGGAGUGACACUAAAACUUAUUCUAAUGUAUUUUCUGUUGAAGGAAGUGCUGGCGGGGAUUCCAUUAUUCUCAUUAUCACUUCAGACAGAGAAGCAUUCUCCGAGGAGAAUGGCAAGGCUGUUCCUAUACUCCUGACAUCUCCAAUUACCUGUACAGAUUGUUUUUUUUUUUUCAAUGCAAUGACGCAACGGCAUACGAGAAUAGACACUCUAGAUUAAAUGAACUCAUUAAUCUCGAGGUUUAUAUGUUUUCAAGAAUACAAUAGCGAAGUAAUGUAAAUAAACGACUAUUGAAGUUUUAAUAAAAGAUGAUGUUGGCGGCUAA